CCAUCAACACUGGUCUUGAAUCACAAUUUGGUUCUGGCCAAAAGAUUUUAUAGAACUAGCAGUAUAAAUUCAGAAAAAUCAUCCGAUGAACCACGUCCGUACCACAAAAACGGAGAUUCUCAGGGCUCUGGCCUUUUUACACCGCUGACUGAAGCCCACGUCCACAAACCAAAGACAAAAAUUUCAGUUAUCGGAUCGGGGUCUGUCGGAACUGCAAUAGCUGUCAGUGUUAUGACCAAGUCUAUUUCGGAUGCUUUGGUAGUCAUUGACUGUGAAGAAAAAAGGGUUGCUGGUGAAGUUUUAGAUUUGCAACAGUGUUCUCAAUUUGUUGACCAUUGUCUUGUAUCUGGUGGAAAAGGUUAUUCCUACACGAACGACUCGGAUGUCGUUUUUAUCACGGCAGGCGCAAGACAACGGGAAGGCGAAUCCCGCCUGAAUCUCAUUCAAAGAAAUCUGAACAUUUUUAAAUGUGUCGUCCCAGAAGUUGUACAGCACAGUCCAAACUGCACCCUUGUCGUAGUUUCUAACCCAGGCGAGUUCUAUUAUUCACGUUUUUUACUUUUCUUUCCUUCAGUUGACAUUCUUACGCAUGCCGCUUGGAAGUUUAGUGGAUUCCCUAGGCAUCGCGUGCUUGGUUCCGGGACACUUUUAGAUUCGGCUCGGUUUCGAUACUUCAUCGGCAGAAAAUUAGGAGUCGCACCAGCUUCUGUCCACGCGUAUGUCAUUGGUGAACAUGGAGACUCAAGUGUUCCGGUUUGGAGUAAGAUUUCCAUUGGGGGUCAAAUGCUAUCCGAUACAUAUCCAAAAAUUGGACGAGAGGAAGACCUGGAUAAAUUUUCUAAAAUUCAUAAAGAUGUCGUAGACAGUGCCUAUGAAAUCAUCAGGCUGAAGGGAUACACUUCUUGGGCCAUUGGCCUCAGCUGUGCAGCCCUCUCCCGUGCUCUGCUGCAUGACCAGAACACCAUUCUACCAGUGUCCACAAACGUAAAGGGCCUCUUUGGUAUAGACUACGACGUCUUCCUCAGCAUGCCCUGCGUGAUCAAUUCGGACGGUGUCCGGUCCAUUGUGAAUUUGAACCUCUCAGCUGAGGAGAGACAGAAGUUCAAAGCCAGUGCGGAGAUCCUGAAGGCAGCAAGUUCCGAUCUGGCAUGGUAA